ACCAGGGGCUAAGGGAAUCUGACGUUCUUGUCUGACAGGCCAGUAGGGGCUCUCACUGGGACAAAAGGUUGUAUCCGAGGAGUUCCUUUAAAAACCCAGGAAGGAGUGACAACGGCACUCUUUUCCAGCAUCAUACAGAAGGUCAUUCUUCAUUAAUCUGGAAGAUUAUUUCUUUCAAAACAGACCGUAGUCAGCGCUCUGUCAUUUCUCUUUGUGAUACAGCCGUAUCAGUGUACACUAUUUUUUUACAUCCAUACUGUCCGUUCCGAGAACCAAGUAUUUUUAUUUACAUCACACUGAAGGGGAAAAAAAAGUUGUAUCUUUAAGGACAAACUACAAAUGUGUAGUUUACACGCCUUACAUAUGAGGAGAGACGCUUUAUAGGGAAUUUCUAAAUGCAAAAAUUCUAAAAAAAAAACUAUACAAACAAAACCACAUUUAUCACACCUGCUUCUUGAUAUAUUUUUCCCUUCGAAACUUGUUCAGGAGGCUGCCAGUUGUCCGCGAAAGCACAUGCGUUUCCUUGGAGCACCACCUGAAGAGAUGGAAGAGCGACUUUCUCCUUCAGGUAGUUUAGUACGAAGUCCCGGGAACACUUCGAGAAUCCACAGUAUUGAAGCAAUUUUGGGAUUUACUAAAGAUGAACAUAUCCUUCACCCGGCGUUUUCCUCAAACGGGACGACAAGACUUGGAAAAGAUACCGAACGGAAUAGCUCCAGGAGUUGCUGUAACAAGAUGUCCCCUCUCAAGAAAGAGCAAGAUUCUAAAAGUUUUGAAAAUGUGUAUUGCACAAGUAGUUCGGGACCUUCAAUCAGUCCCGAUCUACCAGAAAACGAGAGCAAGCUGUCUGAUGAGGACCAUCCGAAGAAAAAGCACCGGCGGAACAGGACUACAUUUACAACUUUUCAGCUACAUGAGUUAGAGCGAGCCUUCGAGAAGUCCCACUAUCCCGAUGUGUACAGCAGAGAGGAGCUGGCGCUCAAAGUAAACCUGCCUGAAGUUCGAGUUCAGGUAUGGUUUCAGAACAGAAGAGCCAAAUGGAGACGGCAGGAGAAACUGGAGGUCAGCUCAAUGAAACUUCAAGAUUCCCCCAUGCUCUCUUUCAGCAGGUCCCCUCAACAAUCCCUGAACAACCUCAGCAGCAGCCUACCUCUGGAGCCCUGGCUGACACCCCCUAUCUCCACAUCCGCCACUCUCCAGUCUCUACCAGGCUUCAUGCCUACACCUCAGGGGCUCUCAAACAGCUACACCCCUCCACCUUUCCUCAAUUCGACAGCCAUUGGACACAGCCUUCCACACAUGGCUGCCAUGUGCCCACCACCCCCGUAUCAGUGUGGAGGCUCUCCAUUCAUUGACAAAUUCCCUUUGGAGGACUCUGAUCCGAGAAACUCUAGCAUUGCCUCCCUGCGGAUGAAGGCAAAGGAGCACAUUCAAUCAAUUGGAAAAACAUGGUAGGGCUGUAAGAGCUAUUGUCCUCUGUAUGAAACUCACCACAUUUGCUGUGUAAUAAGUGCCAUCGGGAAGCAAAAUGGUCAUGAUUCCAGAAUCCAUAAGCCCUUUUUAAAUGGGUGAAAGCUUAAAUCCUUUUGUCUUUUUAAUGGUUAUUUUGAGAACAAAGCAAAAGUCUGUUUUGAGCUCAGACUCAUUGUUUAGAUUUAAUCUAAAGAAAGCUAUUUAUGUUUGUUUGUCAAUAUGACUAUCAUUAAUCAAAAACUGAACGUAAACGUGAAAUUCUACUGAAAUUCUUUCACAGAUAUUGUAAAGUUCUGUUAAGCACACAUACAGUAGGUGUCUUAUUUUAUACUUUUUUUCUAUGUGCACCCCAGAACAUUUUUUAAUGUAGAAACACAGAUGUUUAUUAAAUGCGUCCUUCAUUAAAGGUUUCUACAGUUUUUUUUUUCUAUUGCUGUGUGUGGGAGGAUGUUUAAAAUUUACUUAAGCCAAUAGUUCUGAGUAGUAAAUGUUAUUUUUAUACUAUACUUUAUAAAUAUAAAGGAAAUCAUUCUGACACAACCCUUGUAUUUCAACAAUGAAUUCAUUUGACAGAACAGAGUACCUUUUAUUACAGCUAAUCAAUUGAUACUCUGCAACAUCACAAAACAGUUGCAGUUUGGUAAAGACAUCUGCAAGUACAUAUACUCCAGGGGAUGUUGUCAAAGCAUUCUUUACAAUGUUUUCACAGCUACAAUUUAGCAUUAACACAAUGGUAUUGUAAAGAUCACUUGUCAUCCUGAAAUCAUCACUGCAAUUCUAUGUCUGAUUGUCUCACUUAACCAAAGCAGACUCCUGCUGUGUCAUUUUACAAACCUUGGUCAAACGUUUUGUCCAUGAUAAGAAAACCACAGGAUAUUACAGGUAUGGAAAGUUCUCCUUCUCCUUUUUCUGUCUUACAGAUGACCAACUAUAAAAUAAAUGCAAUAAUGUUCAGAAAAAUUCCAAGUGGCAGGUGUGAUGCCAAAAUAUCAAUGUUCAUGUUUUUGUCAAAGAUUGAAGGGGAACAAAUAGCAUUUCGUUUGGUCCAGAUUUUGUUUUGUUGCUUCUGAAGAUGUCCAUUGUUGAAAUAUUGAAAUAUAAAACUGGAUCUGUUUACAUUUUUUUUUAAAAUAACUCAGUUCGUUUUCUAAACCAGGCCAAUCAGAAAUGUCAAGUGUGCUGUAUGGUUGAGCAGACCAUAGUAAUAUUCUCCCUUCUUCAAAUUGAGGCUUUUGAAAACAUUCCCUUCUAUACUGAUGUACAAAGAAAUCCAAUAAUGGGGUCUAAUGGAUUUCUUCACAUAACAAAGGUAUCAAACAGAGCCAUACAAUUUGUAACAAAAGAUUAAAAAAACGGGUUAACAUCUGAGUAUGAAACAUGGGACACUGUCAAAAUGACAAAGACAAAACUACAAAUUUAGAGUUGGGUAUGACCUCCAUAAGCAUUUACAAACUCCUGGCAGCACUGGCACAUAAGCCUCAGAAAUCUCUAUAUGUAGUUCUGUGGGAUGUUCUGCUACUUGUCCUGUGCAGGCACAAUCAACAGAUGAUGGUUGGUUUCAGUUGACUUCUGUUAAUGGUAUUAGUAAGUUGGACCCACAGAUGUUCUAUUGGUCUUUUGGUCUUUAGAAAAGUCAGGACACAGCAAGAUGUCUGUAAUCCUGAAAUGUUUACAAUUUUUCACCGUGAUUCUAAUACUGUGUGGUGAUUCUUUGACCUUUUUGAAAGUUGAUGCUACUUGGUUGGCUUGGAAUAACAAGAUAUUUGCCACACCAGUCUCACCAUUGAUGACAUUCACUAAUUCCAAAGCCCAUAUACAUAUACAUAUACAUAUA